AAGUCCAAUUCGAACAUUCGAAUCUUUCCAAAAAAUGUUUUGCCUGUUUUCUAGUUUUAUUGGUUCCUGGUUCACCAUAUCGUUCAUAUUGAUCAUCUAUAUUUUAUUGGCAAAACCUGGCCGAUUUUUACUUGAUCUCAAUCCUAUCUAUCUAAGGUUGCCAUUACCAAAUGUCAAUGAUAAGAUAUUUAAUCGUAAUAAAAAAGCAUUUGAAGCCAUCAAAAUUGAAAAAGAUAAAAUUAUCACACCAAAAUCAUUGGCAUUAGAUCCAAAUGAUUUGAAUCGAUUAUUCGUCGGUUCCGCUACUGGUUAUGUUUAUUGUUUACAAAAUAAUAAUGUUGUCGAAACUAUUGCAAGUUUUGCGGAUGGUCGGCCUUUAGGAAUGCGACUAUUUCGUCAUAAAUUAUAUUUUAUCGAAGCCAACAGCGGUCUUUAUGUGUUUGAUUUAGAUACAAAAUCGUUGAAACAUUUAUUAAGACUUGAUCAGACUAAAUUCUUAGAUGGAAGACCUUCGAAAUUUUUUGAUGAUUUAGUCAUCGUCGAAGAGAAUGAUGAUAUUAUUGUUUAUAUUACUGAUGUUAGUCGAAAAUUUUCCAUUGAUAUGUGGUGUUAUACAUAUCUUGAACCAGAUUCUACUGGAAGAAUAUUACGUUACAGUACAAACAAUCAGAAUGUGACAACCAUUCUAGAAAAUCUUUGUUUCCCGAAUGGAAUCGAAAUAACCGACAAUAAUGAAUCAUUAUUGAUUUGUGAAUUGGCCAAACGAAGAAUCAUCGAAUUUAAAUUGGAUGGAACGGAUAAAGGUAAAUGCACAGUAUUGAUGGAUAAUCUCCCAGGAGAACCGGAAAAUAUUCGUCGAAGUCGUAAUAAAACCAAAGAAUCUUAUUGGGUUGGAUUAGCUUUAACACGUGAUUAUAAUAGCAAACUUUCAUUCAUGGAUGAUUAUUCUGCCGAACCUAAUCUUCGAAAAUUGAUUCUUAGAUCAUGUUUUUUAUUGGGCACUAUCCUGUUUAAUAUUGGCAAUUGUUUUGGCAGUGAAACAUUGAAAACAAAAGGAUCUAGCUUAAAAACUGGUAUAGCAUUAAUUUUGGAUGAUUUUAUGAAAAAUCCAGGAAUGGCCAUCGAAAUCGAUCGUGAAUCAAACGUGUUACUUAGUUUUCAAAUUAAAGACGAUAUAUCGGUCAUUUCAGAAAUUGCCGAAUCUUAUGACGAAAAUAAAAAUGCCAGAAUCCUGUACACAACUUCAUCAGGUGGAAAUUUAAAUCGAAUAACUUUGAAAGAAUAAAUUAUUUUGCCGAAUUUUUCAUUGCUUUUUGAAAGCAAAUUUUUAAUUGUUGAAAUUGUUCAUCACAGAUAUUUUUUCUAAUAUUAUGAAGGUCAUUUUGUUCAAGACAUUGUGCAUAGGUUGCUGCCUGUUAAAAAAAAUCGAUUACCAAAUAUCAACCACAAAACAAAAUAUCAACCAAACUAAAACAGACCUGAGCUGUACAUUGCAUGAAAGCCUUUGGAUAAUAUUGACGAAUACGAUUAAAAGAUUUAGCGGUUAUCG